AAGUGGGGUAGUGGGAAAUGAUGCUAUUGCUGACUCUCAUCACUCAGUGUAUCACCUUCUCAAUCUCACCACUUCAUUUCUCAUUAUAAUAGUAUUUCUACUAUCAUUCAGCACACCGUCACAUAAUUACAUAGCAUUGCACCCCCACUUUCUUUCUCCAUAUCUUUCCGAGGUAGGCAUUUAACGGCUCUUCUUGUUCUUCAAUCUUGGUUCAAGAUGAAAUCUUUGGCAUUAUACGAGUGAUUUGUUCGUUUCUUGAUCAUUUUUCUCAAGUGGGCAUUCUUGUAGUUGCUUGUAUUCCUCAGUUUCUUUGAUAUUGACCAUUCUCUUUGUGUUGGAAGAGAAGAACCUUGUUUUUUCUCUAUUGGGUGCAGGACACUGCAGCAGGCAGCUCUGGUUGCUUAGAUUUUCUGUGAUUUCUUCUUGAUUUUCUUGUUGAUUAUCUUUUAUCUUUUUAAGUUUUGGAACUUGUAUCAUACUUGAUGCGUUGGGUUGAAAUUUUCCUAUGGUGACUAGUUAAAAACUUGUUUCUGAUUGAGAUACUUUCUUGGGUGUUAUUUGUUAUCAACAGGAGCAUUAUUAGGCUUUUUCUGUUGUUUGUAGCUAAUGCUUUUGUUCAGGAGUUGUUUAGGAUAAGGAGAAAUUGUUUGGUAAAACUGGUUUCUCUUUUUUUGAGAUAAGGUUCAGCCCACAGGAAUUGAAGUUAUAUUGGUUCUUGUUAAUUUUGCUGCUGGUCUAUAACAGAGCUGGCUAGUCAAAGCAAGUUCAAUUUAGUGGUAGAAUGGAGUCUUUAAGUUACCCUUUUGAGGGGAGAGGCCUUCCCUUCACAAAUGAUGUAGAAUUGCAUAUAGAUGGAAGUAGAAACCUAUUAAAGGGAUGGGAUGCUGAAACGGGUUCGGUUCCUAUCAGGGAUGUGUUUGAGAUUGAGGGCAUGGGAUUUAUAGAGCCUGAUGUAGUCAGUCCUCAAUGCAUGGAAAAUUCAGUAGACAAUGCUAAUGGCGUUUCUGGCAAAUCUGUACCAUCUACUUCUACCAUCACACUAGAAUUUGGCAAAAGAUUCACCAAUUCGGUAGUUAAAACGAACGAUGAGAAAUUGGUAGAGUCUGGUUCGAUGAUUGAGAACUUGGCGUGUCCAAGAGAAUCAAAGGGCAUUCAGUUUUCUGUAGAAAACUCAAUCUCACCUUCUCAAGGGCCAUCAGUUUCAGCAAAAAGAGCACGGAUUGCAAAUUUGCAGUCUCAGAUUCCUGUUUGCAUUGUUUAUGGUUGCAACAAGGAUUUGAGUUCCUCAAAGGAGUACCAUAGGAGGCACAAAGUGUGUGAUGUUCACUCAAAAACUGCUAGAGUUAUUGUUAAUGGCAUCCAGCAAAGGUUUUGCCAGCAAUGCAGCAGAUUCCACGUACUCACAGAGUUUGAUGAUGGCAAGCGCAGUUGUCGUAAACGCCUCGCUGGCCACAAUGAGCGUCGACGAAAGCCUCAAUUUGACACUCACUUUGGUUCCACAUUUUUUGGGACAGAUUUAUCAAGAACCUCCUUGUUAUUCUCAAAAAUUAUUCCUAAUGGUUUCUCCGGUGAUCAAUGUAACAACCCCACACACCCGAGCAGGCACGUCAAAUUGGAAGAGGAGCCAAGUCAAACAUCUCAGUCAGCAGUACCCCUGAACGUCAAUCAAGUACUUCCAAAACCUCUCCUCCGUCUGCAUGAAAACGGAAAGCAAUAUCCUCCCGAAAAUCUUCUCAGUUCACCACUAUCAGUUCUGGAGUUACCUGCUGGGACAAAUUCCAGCAGUGCUCUCUCUCUUCUGUCAGCUCAAUCACCAAACUUAUUGAGCAACUCAGGCAGCAUAUCAUCUGACCAUCCUCUCAUCCUCGAAGAAUACCACCAAACCAACCUCGGUCUUUAUCAGAAUCCCACUAAACCUGCAGGGAAAACUCAGCCAAAAAACUUCAACCCAAUUGUUUUUAGUUCAUCAUCGGAUGACGUCGACCAGGGAGUCAGCUUUGGAACUCGUUCACGAGAAUCAGGUCUAAAUCAUUAUCAUUAUCCAUCUCCGUCUCCUGAAGGUGCCAACACUGUCGACUUGCUUCAGUUGUCUUUCCACCUACAAAGAGUAGAACAACAGAAAUACUCGGGCCAAGUCAAGCUGGAAAACGGCAGCUUCCGCAGUCCCACUUGAUGAGGAUGGAAGUUGCAAGAUCCGUGAAAUGCUUAUCUGGAACUAAUGAUAGGAACACUGCAUUACGUUUAUUCCUGAUCUAAUCAUAGAGAUUAAUGUACUGAUUGAAUUGGAAGUUAUUAUGAAUCAUUCCAUGAAUCUUGAUGAUGAGUUAUUGAUAUGCAUGUGUUUGCACGUGUGUGGCCACACAAUCAUGUCUUUUUUCAUUAAGAUUAAUUGGCAGGCGUGCAACUACCUAAUCACAUUAUAUGCUGUCUU